UACCCAGGCCAGCUGGCCGAGCGCCGAGUAACCAAUCUGAGUGUCAUGUCUGCCUCCGGUCCGCACGCUGCCUACUUCUAGCAGGAUCCUGAUUGAGCCCUGGAAGGGGUUCUGCUUCAUCUGAAGGGUUUGACAUUUGACAGACCAUUGAUAUUUGAGACACCAACAUGUCCCAAGUUGAUGAAGUGACAGGAGCCCUGUUGGAGGUGACCCUAGCAGGCACCAGUACAGUGCCAAGUGCCGAUGCCAAUUUAGAAGACGCCCAUGUUACCAUUGGAGCCACGGUCCCCACUGGGUUUGAGUUCACAGCAGCCGCAGAAGUGGAGGAGAAGCUGGGCUGUCCCUGCAAGAUCAGCAAAGACCGAGGCAAGAUCUACUUUGAUAUCAAGAAGGAUAGACUAGCCCAGGUUCAUCGCUUGAGGUCAGUGGACAAUCUGUUUGUGAUCGUGAAAGAGUUUUCAGAUUUCCCAUUCAAGGAAACAAAGGAAGAUGCACUUAAAGAUCUUGGGGAUCUCGCUGAAAAGUUACCCUGGGAGAGCGCACUAAGCGCUUGGGAACUUAACAACAGUCUGAAAAAACGGAAGAAGCGCAAGAAACCAGGGUACCCUGGGAAAGAGAAGAAGCAGCCAGUGACAGUAAGUGGAGCAGAGACUCCCAGAGAGGAGGGUGCAGAUACAGAGCAGUCGAGGGGCUCAUUGGAGAGAGAGAGUUUGCAAGAUGAGGAUUCAGUCGAACACCCAAGAGAGGAGGGUGCAACAGAUAAAAUCUCUGAGGAGAUGCAAGAUUCUCCCAAAACUCUGCCUUCAUCAGUAGCAGAAGGGCAGGGAACCCAGAAUCCAGACAAGGAAGCAGAUACGCCGCCUGAUUCAGAAGGGAAGGAUAAUGGAACGGCCUCAGGUAAUGUCUUGAAAUUCCGCGUCACCUGCAACCGAGCCGGAGACAAACACAGUUUCACAUCCAACGACGCAGCGAGAGACUUCGGCGGGGCGGUGCAGGAGCACUUCCAGUGGAAAGCGGAUAUGACCAAUUUUGAUGUGGAGGUCUUGCUGAACAUCAGCUAUAAUGAGAUGGUGGUGGGAAUUGCGCUCACUGAAGAGAGUCUGCAUCGCAGAAACAUCACGCAUUUCGGUCCUACCACCCUGCGCUCCACCCUAGCCUAUGGGAUGCUCAGACUCUGUGACUUGCAGCCUUCAGAUGUCAUUAUCGACCCCAUGUGUGGGACGGGUGCCAUCCCCAUAGAGGGUGUGAGCGAGUGGCCGGGCAGUUUCUUCCUUGCUGGAGACAAUAACAAACAGGCAGUGAACAGAACUGGGAGCAAUAUCCAGUCGUUACUGAGAAAGCAUCAGAGCCCAGAAAGUGCCCCAUCGAAUCUCCGUAUAGAUGCAGUUCACUGGGAUAUUUCCAGCCUGCCCUUAAGAGACGGAUCAGUGGAUGUCAUUGUCACGGACAUGCCGUUUGGAAAGAGAAUGGGUUCAAAGAAAAAGAACUGGGACCUGUAUCCAGCCUGCCUUAGGGAGAUGAGCCGUGUGUGCAGAGCAGGGACGGGCAGAGCUGUACUGCUAACGCACGACAGGAAGUGCUUCAUUAAGGCCUUGGCCAAAGCUGGACACUUAUGGAGAAAAGUGCACACAGUCUGGGUGAACAUAGGAGGGCUUCACGCUGGAGUUUACCUUCUGAAACGGACCUCCUUUGACAGCACUAAAGAAACGCAGAGGGAAAGCCAGCUGGCCGAUCCUGCCCCUUGCCCUAAGGAUGAGUGACCGACUGGCCUGAAGUCCUCUCAAUAACGGGCUCUAAUAACUUACUCAGGUGUUCCAAGUGGAUUUAUGCUAACUGGUUUUCUAACCUUUACUGAGGCGACACUGGUUUCUUAGUUUGGUUUAGCCCAAGGCUGAGCUUUGAUUUUAAAGGGGAAAUACAACUUCUUAUACUGGCAUAGUCAUCCAUGAUUAUUUCUUUCAGUAACUGGUAAGGUAGCAGAGCACUGCCUAAUGCCUUAACAAUAUUUUUGUUCAAUAUGCAAUGGAAGAUCUCAUAUAAACUGACGCCUACCUUUGUCUGAGCACUUAAUGGCACUGUUUUUUUGGUGGGAGUGGAGAAUGAUUCAAGAGGCAAAUAGCACUGCAAGUCAUAUACAGAUAUAUGCAGAAAUUGUUCAGUAUCCCCUGUAUUCAGUAGUUUGCUGAUGCCAUGUUAUAAUGAGAUUUGUUUUCCCUUUAAGGGUUUUGGUAGAGAAGGUGAUUCUCUUAUAUUUAUUUACAACCUUAUUUUUGUUGUUUAAAUAAAUGUAACCUGUUCUGUACAAAG